AUGGCAUUCAAAAAGACAGAAACAGCAAGAGUUGGGCGAGAAAACCAGCUCUACUCUGCGGUAACUGGCGCUAGACUGGUGGCAGGAUGCAUUAUCCUGGAUGAAACACGCACCAAGGUGCUAAUGGUGCAGUCGUCUGCCCACAAGAAGCGCUGGGUGCUUCCCAAGGGCGGAAUUGAAAGCGAUGAGCGUGACUUUGAGUCGGCUGCGAGAAGAGAGACCUGGGAAGAGGCAGGUGCUACCGGAGAUAUAGUCAAGGCGUUGGGGUCAAUUGAAGACAUGAGACCUCCUAAAAACUGGAAUCCUGACAUCAGCUCGUUUGAGUCUUCAACAGACGAGCAGGUCAAUAAAUGGCCUCCCAGAUCCGAGUUCCACUUCUUCGAAAUGGUCAAUGCGAAACUGGAGUCCGAGUACCCGGAGUGCAAGACCAGAAACAGGAAGUGGUUCACUUACCAAGAGGCCAAGGACAACCUCUUGCAUGCCAAGAGGCCAGAGCUACUCGAGGCCCUGAAUAGAAGCAGUAUCAAGAAAGAUUAA